UUUGAAUUAACUGCUGUGAAACCAUCCGUAAUAUAGAUAAAGAUUGAGGAAUUAUAUUGAUAAUUGAUACGGUGUGUGCGUAUUGAGUGUAAAAUAUAAUUGUUUUAUUAUAAAUCGUAUGUGUGACGAUUUGAUGAUAGUGCGUAAAAAUGCCCCCGAAGAAAUUAAAGGAAAGUUUAAUUUUUCUUAUAAAUAUUGGCGUGACCCGACAUGGUACACAAAGUAAUUCAAGCUUGCUGGAUAAAGAAAAGUUUAUUCUGAAACAUAUUAUUCAAAAAAAGAUAUUUCUGCAUCCAAAGGAUGAAGUAGGAAUAGUAUUGAUGGGCUCAGAUUCAAGUGAAAAUGACAGUGUUACAGGAAUGGAUAAUAUACGUGAAUUAUCCAAUAUGCAAUUUGGGAAUUGGAAUUUGAUAGAGAGUAUCGACAAGUUACAAAAUACAAAACAGAGUUCUUCCUGGAUGGAAGGAAUUUAUGCUGCAGUUGAAUAUAUUAAACAUGAAUGUUUAGACAAUUCUGAGAGAAAAAUAAUGCUGUUGUCUGAUUUUAACGAGGAGGAAGAUAUUGUAAGCCAAUUUGAAGUUGAUGACAUCAUUAAGACAUUAAAUUCGGAAAAUAUUUUUCUUAUAGCAAUUGGGAAGAGACAGUUGAAUAAUAUAGAUGAAGAUUCUUAUACAUCCAGUGAAGCAUUGCUUAAAAAAGUUUUGGAAAAGGGAAAUGGUCAGUAUAGCACUUUUGAACAUGCUAUGUCGGAAGUGCGUUUCUACAAACAAUCAUCAACUAAACCGAAGCCAUGGCGUUGCGACAUGGAAUUAGGCGACUUUUGUAUACCGAUUGCUGGAAUUUCUAAAGUGAUGAAUGAACCAAUGUUGCCAAAAAUGAAAAAAAUCGCAAAGACAACUGCAGCUGAUUUAACAGAGAAGGAAACAUUAAUUAAAAACAUCCCACAGUGGACGGACAAAGACAGAAUUAUUCACACAAAAGAAGAUAUGAGCUAUGGUUACAUGUAUGGCAGCAAGCCUAUUUUCGUUUCUGAUGAUUGUGAGCAAAGCAUGAUCCCGAAAACUAGUGAAAAAUGUUACAAGAUACACGGUUUCACUGCAAGGGAAAAUGUACCUAUGGAAUACUGGUUAUCAGAUGGCACAUAUGUUAUUAUACCUGCUGACGAGUCGGUGAGUGCACCAUUUUAUAGUUUGGUGAAAGCCAUGGUUGAGAAGAACGUAGUUGCUAUAAUAGAAAAGGUCUAUAGGAAGAACACUGAAGCCAAUAUGGCAGCGUUAUUCCCAAGCGUCGACGACCCAAAUGAACCUUGGUGUCUCAUUGAAAUUGGUUUACCGUUUGAGCGGGAUUAUGGAGCGAUAGCGCAGCAUCCGUUGAAGUUUAUGAUGAAGCAAUUGUCGCAGGAACAGAGCAAUGCCGUGGACGACUUGUUGACGUCUUUAGAAUUGCCCGAAGAUGCCGACGAAGACUCGACCGUUGAUGGCGAUAAAUAUUUGCCAGGAUGUAUGCCGAAUCCUGGUGCGCAACGUAUGUGGGAUGUACUGGCAGCUCGCGCAUUACAUCCGGAUCAGCCGUUGCCGCCCAUUACAGAGGAUGUGAAAAAUUUGCUGGAGCAACCCGAAUCAGUGAGAGAGAACGGCAAACUGGCGUGUGAAAAAAUAAAAAAUUUGUUCUCUUUAGAAAAGAAAAUAUCUUCAAGAACCAAGAGACAUAAGAAAUUGGAAGAGGAGAAUGAUGAUAAAGCGCCACUUAACGAAGACCACGACAUGCACGGAAACAACAAGGCACAGUCAAGCAAAGAACAAGAAAAAGAUACCGGGGAAGAUAACAACGAGGUAUCGAAAAAUACAACCUUUUUACCUGCUGAUGAUGAUUUCGAUUUUGAUAAGAUUGCUAAUAUUUAAGAAGCUGCUGGCAGAGAUUACACGAUCAUUGAAAAAUUUACAAAAUCGUCGAAAACUUUACAAAAAUAUUAAAAAAAAUCAUUGAAUUCAUUUAUCUAUUUUCACUAGAAUCGUAAUUUUAUACACUGUAUCAUUAUGUAGUGUGAAAAAUAUAUCCUUACGUAUAAAAUAAUUAGCGAUACAUAUGACGCGUGUAGCAUUACGCAAAUGAAACGGGUUUGAGAAACUUGUAUUACUUAAGAUAGAAAACAGUGGAAUAGACAGAGGUUAAAAGUGUUCAGAAAAUAAAUAUGAGAGAUGUUUGAAAUUUCAUGGUAUUUUUACUGAAAAUUUAAGAGAACAGAUUGGAAGAAAUUAAACACAAAUAACUAAAUACUGUAAUGAAAAACAAAUAAUCCACGAAAUGUCUUUUGUGUGGCUGUGAAACAUUUGAACGUUUCAAAGCAUAUUACAUAGCAUCGAGAAAUUGCAAAUAUCUCGUAUUUAUUUUUUGGAUAUCUUGUUCCAGUCAAGAAGUUUUAUAAAUAUCUUACGCUUCACUCCCCCCUCUGCAAAGUAUUUAUAUAUAUGGUAACAUACGAGUCUCACGUGAGACUAUCUACUAUCUGUUCUUUACACAGGAACAAGAUCUUUUCUAGAUAGAAUAUUCAGAAGAGUUUAUACUUAUGCAUGUGUGAUAAGAGAUAUAAUUUCAUUAAAGCUUUUGCUUUAAUGAACGGUAUACUUGCACUUUUAUCGUGCAUUAUUGUACUUACGAGAAAAACUAGUCUGUAGGAAAAUAUACUUCUACCUCUACUGCUUUUUACCAUGUACACAAAAAUUAGAUUUCAAAUAUUCAUAUGUGUAUAUAUAUGCGUGUGAUAAAAUAUGUGCAAUUCAAUGAGUGUCUGAAGAAGAUCGGUUCUUAUUUCUUGAACUGUUCGUGUGCUAAUAGUAGUGAUGACAAUAUAAGCGACUGAAUAAGGGAAAGACGAGGUUGCCUGCCCACAUAACGCCUACCUUUUAGUUCUCCGCGUACCGAAAAUUCGUUGACGUCUGAAUAUUACUGUACGCUUGACCAAAUAGAGAAUGGUAGAGAAUGAUAGAAGAA